CAACUCUUCUCCACUGCUCUCUUAUAGUAACUAGUUUUUUUCACUCCAUACCAAAAGAGCCUAGAAAAAAAAAUGAUGAAGCAGUUGCUCUCCCCAGCACUUCUUGUUCUGAUCUUCUUCCUCCUCUGCACCACAACUUCUGGUCAGUCUUCAGCACCAGCUGCGGCACCUUCUGGUCCUUCAGUUUCCUCAGGCUCUUCAUCAGGUCCUCCCGACAUCACUGCAAUUCUCAGAAAAGCUGGUAAGUUUACUACCUUCAUUGGGCUACUAAAGAGCACCCAGGUGGAUGACCUAAUCAACAACCAACUGAAAGCCAACCUGGGCUUCACCAUAUUUGCCCCAACCGAUAGUGCCUUUUCAGACCUCAAAUCAGGUACACUAAACUCAUUCACUGAUGAGCAGAAGACAGCACUGACAAAAUUCCACAUAGUGCCUUCUUUCCUGACUAUCUCACAGUUCCAAACUGUUAGCAACCCGGUGAACACAGUGGCAGGUGAUUCUGUGGAGUUUCCACUGAAUGUGAUAAGCAACGGAACUCAGGUGAACAUCACAACAGGGCUUGUCAAUACAACAGCGGACAGCACAGUACACAGCGAUGGUCAGCUUGCUGUGUAUGAGAUAGGCGAGGUGCUCCUUUCACAAGGUAUCCUCAAGCCUCUUGCAGAAGCUCCCCUAUCUCCCAAACCUAAGAAGGCUUCUCCUCCUAAUGCAUAUGCUCCUUCAAAGUCGACCGGCGCUUCUGCUAUUUCUUCUGAUGCUACGUGUCUUUCACCCUAUGCACCGACCGUAGCAUCCGUUGGAGUGGCUGUUCUUGCGGCAGUGCGCUUGUGCCUAUGA